AUGGCCGCCGCAAUCAAAGCCCUCAAUGCGAAGAUCCGCUCCAACAAGUACACCGACUACAUCUGCUCGACCCACUUCUGGGGCCCCGUCAGUAACUUUGGUAUCCCCAUUGCCGCAAUUGCAGACAUGAGCAAGGACCCGGAGAUCAUAUCCGGCCGCAUGACCGGCGCGCUAACCCUCUACUCGGCCACCUUUAUGCGCUACGCCAUGGCUGUCAGCCCCGCAAACUACUUGCUGUUUGGGUGCCACGCCAUCAACUUCACCUCGCAGCUCGUCCAGGGCUACCGCUACAUCAAUUACUUCCACUUUGGCGGGCGAGAGGCGCAGCUGGGCGACCAGGCCAAGCAGGUCGGCGCCGAGGCGGUCGGCAAGGCCAAGGAGGUCGCGGAUAAGGCGAAGGCUGCUGUUUCGAAAUAG